AUUAUGAAUUUAUGAUUUUGGGCACCAAAUUGGACUAAGAAUACCAGCCGUUGAAAGUUGACAACACAACAACUUUUCAAGCAUAUAAAAGACCAAUAAUUAAUGUCUUAUUUUCCUCUCUACUAUGCACCCAAGAAAACGUAAAGGGUAUACAGAAAGAUGAAGAUGGGCAAAACCCCUUAUUCGAGACCUCUAACUUUGACUCUUUUUUCAAUUUUUCUUCAAUUGAUUCCAGGUUUGGCAGAUACAUCAAGUGAAAAUAAAGGGAAAAGUCAUUCAUCGAGAAUUUCCACCGGAGUGAAAGUUGUGAUUGUGUUCCUUGGAAUUUUAGCUGCUGUUGGGUUUUGUUAUGUCCUUUUCAAGAUAUGGCAGAAGAAGAAAAGGGAAGAGCAGCAAGCUCGUCUUCUAAAGCUCUUUGAAGAAGAUGACGAUCUUGAGGUUGAGCUUGGGAUUCGGGAUUGACAUUACAUUUUCUAGCUGAGGUGCGAGCACUGCCAUUUUCCAGAAAAUUGGGUUUAUUUCUUUUUACUUUGUAUUACAAAAACAAUUAGUCUUUGUGUUGUGUAUAGUUGAAGAUUAUUUCUAGUUCUUAAUUGGCAUAUGUGAUUCCUUAGUAUGCCUUUUUUCAUACAAUGCUAGAAACGCCUAUAAUAUGCAAUGGUUACAUGAAACUUCCGAGGAAUGUAAAUGAUUGUUUUUGUUCCUAGGUCAAAUAUUGAUGGGUUUACUA